GACGAUUCUGAUGCAAGAUUGGGAAAGCCGCAAGAUCGAUUACGACCUCUACUACUCGUCUGUUCCGGAGCCAAAGAAGCCUAAUACUAAUGUUGAUGCCAUCGUCCCACUUGGUUACGUGCUUCGAAACCGCGAUGACGGGCACUAUUUUGAGUCUGGUUCGCGCUUUAGACUCCCCGUUGUGGACACUGAUGGGUUUGCGGCGAUAAACGGGAUUGGAACUCUUGAGAAGUUACGGAAGGUUGUUGAUGACUUCAAUCAGGGUAGCAAGAGCCAGAAGGCGAUCAAGAAUCAUGGUUUGCGCGUGUUUCUGGAGAAAUUCGAGAUUGCUCCCACGGUCAACGAGGAGCAUGAAAGUCCUACCUCCAUCCGUCAAGCUGUGAACACCACGCCUACCAAAUCUCGGCCAGCUCGAGGCAGCAUCAGCAAACACAGUACCACCCAUUCGACGACUCAAGAAGUACUGGAGAAGCAGAACCCACCGAACAGCCCUACCAAUAUUUAUAGCCCGGAACAAGCCCUCGAGACACCCAAACGCCCAAGUGCGACUGCUAGACGCAUACAGCGCGUCGUCGCCGCGUCUUACGGCGUCGAUCAAGACACCAACACUCCACUCCACAUCACAUCUCACUCAAAACGCAAGCGCACGUCAGACUCCGACUCCGACGCCGACUCCAACGAACACACUCCCAACCCCAAGGCCACGAAACUAAUCGGUGAAAAGCAUGCCGACCUCCUCCCCUCCCAAGGUCUUGAUCCCGGGCCCCAGAGCUCGGCAACCGCCUUGGCGGCCUCGGAACUGCUCGUCAAGACAAAGACUCCUGCGCGUAGGACGGGGCGUAAGCGGGGCAAGAAGAUCGCCAAGGAGGUUGUGGAUUAGGCUGAGUGUCUACGGCAUGUGCGGAUAGAAUGGGUGUGGUGCUAAAGAAAGGUGUAGUGAGGGCUGUGCAAACGAGUGGGGGCGGAAGUGGCGUUUGCACGUCUAUGACUGUUUUCAUAGGUGUUAGCGAUAGAUGGUUUUGCAUCGUAUUAAUUGUCUGUUAAGCAGAGAGUAUGUGGGUCGUUAUUACAUACGUGCGCGGCCCGCGAGUGUGCCUCCUCCACAGCAUUCCUCACCAUGCAGGCAGGCAUCUGUAAGGGUGGAAGCGCAAGGGCGGAAGAAGGGAAGGGUUUGUCACACUACAUUCACGAUGAUAGGCUCGGUAAGUGCGCGUACACUCUUUUGUAUCUAGCUGCAUCGUGUCUCAAUAUGGUUCUUGCUCAGCCCUGGUCGUGCUGGCUGCAUGCACGCAUUACAUCUGCAGCCGU